CCGCCCUCUUUUCACUUGCAUUCUCUCAACCUUGUUCCUCUGUUUUGUUUUCUUCUCUGUUCUUCCUCUUAUUAUCUUACAGCGGCUUAAAAAUGGUGAAGAGGAGCAAAAAGAGCAAGAGCAAGAGGGUAACGUUGAAACAGAAGUACAAGAUCCUGAGGAAGGUGAAGGAACAUCACAAGAAGAAGGCGAAAGAGGCUAAGAAGACCGGGCUUAAUCGCAAGUCUAAGGUCGAGAAGGACCCAGGUAUCCCAAAUGACUGGCCUUUCAAGGAACAGGAGCUCAUGGCCCUUGAAGCUCGCCGUUCGCGUGCCCUCGAGGAUCUCGAGCAGAAGAAAGCCGCUCGCAAAGAGAGGGCCCAAAAGAGGAAACUAGGUUUGCUCGAGAGUGAAGAUACCAAGUCGGAAGAAGGAAAAGAAGGAUUUGGAGAAGGAAAAAGCACGAACGCCUUUGCUAGAGCCGUUAACGUCCGGGAUAACUCGGAGAGGGCUUUCUACAAGGAACUUGUUAAAGUCAUUGAACUAUCCGAUGUCAUUUUGGAAGUUCUCGAUGCCCGUGAUCCCAUUGGUACUCGCUGUGUUGACAUGGAGAAGAUGGUGAUGCAAUCUGGUCCCGAUAAGCACCUCGUGUUGUUGUUGAACAAGAUCGAUCUUGUUCCCCGGGAGGCUGUUGAGAAAUGGCUGAAAUAUCUUAGGGAAGAAUUGCCAGCUGUUGCCUUCAAGUGUAGCACCCAGGAACAAAGAUCAAAUUUAAGCUGGAAAUCAUCUAAGACAUCAAAACCGAGCAAUCUUUUGCAGACAAGUGAUUGUCUUGGAGCUGAAACUCUAAUCAAAUUGCUGAAAAACUAUUCAAGAAGUCACGAGAUAAAAAAAUCUAUUACAGUCGGUAUUAUUGGACUGCCUAAUGUCGGGAAGAGUAGUCUGAUCAACAGCUUGAAGAGAUCUCAUGUGGUCAAUGUUGGGGCUACUCCAGGGCUGACCAGGUCCUUGCAAGAGGUUCAGUUGGACAGAAAUGUAAAGUUGCUGGAUUGUCCUGGUGUUGUUAUGCUCAAAUCUUCCGGAAAUGACGCUUCUGUAGCUCUUCGAAAUUGUAAAAGGAUCGAGAAGUUGGAUGACCCAGUUAGUCCAGUGAGGGAAAUUCUCAAGCUUUGUCCUGCAAAUAUGCUGGUGACCCUCUAUAAAAUCCCGGGCUUCGAUUCAGUUGAUGAUUUUCUCUAUAAAGUCGCAACUGUAAGGGGCAAGCUUAAGAAGGGCGGUCUUGUGGAUAUUGAAGCUGCUGCUAGGAUCGUUUUGCAUGACUGGAACGAGGGUAAAAUUCCGUAUUAUACAAUGCCGCCAAAGAGGGAUCAAGGAGAAAACGCAGAGGCUAAGAUUGUUACGGAAUUGGGGAAGGAGUUCAACAUUGACGAGGUUUACAGCGGGGAAUCAUCAUUCAUCGGGAGUCUGAAGGCUGUUAAUGAUCUCAAUCCUGUUGAAGUUCCUCCAAGUUGCCCUCUCACUUUUGAUGAAACAAUGCUCGAGGAUGGAUUUCAGACUGAGACCCGACAACCGGGCCAUGGUGGUGAGAGUCUAGAAGGUAUAGUUGAUCGAGACGGGGAUGAGUCUAUGGGCACGGAAGAAGAUCAUGGAGGAAAGUCCAAGGACAAAUCCGAGGCGAGCAAGCAGAACGAGAAGCUAUACUCAGCGGAAGGAAUGCUUAAUACGAAAAUGCAGAGAGCGGAGAAGAAGAAGCGGAGGAAGAAAGCAAGUAAAAGCUCUGGUGAUCUCAUGGAGGAUGAUGAUAAUGAGGACUAUGAUUUCAAAGUGGAUUACGUGAAGAACAAGGCAUCGGCCAUGGAUGAAGGAGAGGAAGAUGAAGAGCAAAUCAUUGGCAAAGUUCCAAUGGAAGGAUUGUUGGAGGAGGAGUGAUUCUUGUGAAACCUCUAUUGAUUUAGAAAAUUUUGGUGGGUGGUUCAGAACUUCGUGGCUUUAGGGUUUUGGUGGUUUAUUUGAUUGUUCAGGUUGCUUUCUCUGCAAGCAAUGAUAGAAACAGGGAAAGGGCUU